GCGUGCUAGGGGCACAAACCAAUCGCAUUCAGAUUCGCUGUCAUAUUGCAGCGUGAUUGGCUGAUGUACUGAAAUAUAAAAACUAUGUCGAACGGGCUCGGCCUUUUCUACUUCCCGGAGGCCUGGUGUGAGGGAAUAUCUGGUCUUUAAACCCUUCUGUGGCAAUCCUUGGAAGCACUGACAAGAUGCCCAGGGAAGACAGGUCUACCUGGAAAUCCAACUAUUUCCUGAAGAUCAUUCAAUUGCUUGAUGAUUAUCCUAAAUGCUUCAUUGUGGGGGCGGACAAUGUUGGUUCAAAACAAAUGCAGCAGAUCCGUAUGUCCCUGCGUGGAAAAGCUGUGGUGCUCAUGGGAAAGAACACAAUGAUGCGCAAGGCUAUCCGUGGUCAUCUGGAGAACAACCCAGCUCUGGAGAAACUCCUUUCUCACAUCAAAGGUAAUGUGGGCUUUGUUUUCACAAAGGAAGAUCUCACUGAGGUCAGAGACAUGUUGUUGGCAAAUAAGGUGCCUGCCUCUGCCCGUGCAGGAGCGAUAGCACCUUGUGAAGUCACUGUGCCUGCUCAGAAUACUGGACUGGGGCCUGAAAAGACCUCCUUCUUCCAGGCUUUGGGAAUCACCACAAAAAUCUCCAGAGGAACCAUUGAAAUCUUGAGCGAUGUGCAACUAAUAAAGACUGGAGAUAAAGUGGGUGCCAGCGAAGCCACUCUUUUGAACAUGUUGAAUAUUUCCCCAUUUUCUUAUGGAUUAAUCAUUCAACAAGUGUAUGACAAUGGUAGCAUCUAUAGUCCUGAGGUGCUGGAUAUCACUGAGGAGGCUUUGCAUGUUCGCUUCCUGGAGGGUGUUCGUAAUGUUGCCAGUGUCUGCCUUCAAAUUGGUUAUCCCACAGUAGCCUCCGUGCCUCACUCAGUCAUCAAUGGAUACAAGCGUGUCCUUGCCAUUGCAGUGGAAACAGACUACAGCUUCCCCCUGGCCGAUAAGGUCAAGGCAUUCCUGGCAGAUCCAUCAGCCUUUGUUGUUGCUGCUCCUGCUGCUCAGGCGGCUGCUGCUCCUGCUGCUGAGGCCGCAAAGGAUGAAAAGCAAGAAGAGUCUGAAGAAUCGGAUGAUGAUAUGGGAUUUGGCCUCUUUGACUAAACCUUUUAUUGUCCCAAGAUAAUUAAAUAAAGGCUCUUACAGUC